AUGAAGGAGAUAAACAACAACCCAAACAUUCUCCCCAACAUCACCUUGGGCUUCCAGAUUUAUGAUUCCUGCAAGAUGUUUCAGAGGGAGCUUGAAGGAACUCUGAGGAUUGUAACAGGGCAAAGCAGAGCUAUCCCCAACUACCAGUGCCGACAGCGUGAGCAACUGGCUGCUGUCAUUGGCCACUCUUUCUCAACAUUUUCAAUCCUUAUGGCCCACAUUCUGGGCCUGACCAGGUAUCCACAAAUCAGCCACUUUUCAACCAGCUAUCUUCUGAGUGAUAAGACACAAUUUCCGUCCUUCUUUCGGACUGUGCCCAGUGACGCUUAUCAAUCUCUUGGAUUGGCCCAGCUUGUGCUGCAUUUUGGAUGGACAUGGGUGGGAGUGAUUGCUGAUGCCAGUGAUUAUGGGAUUCAAGGCAUUCAGGCUCUUCGACAAGAAAUACUGAAAUCUGGAGCAUGUGUGGAGUUCUUAGUAUAUAUCCAGAGCAGUCGCCCCGAUCAUAAUAUUCCACCCAUCAUUCAGACCAUCAAGAAGUCAAAAGCCAAGGUUGUGGUUGUUUUUGCAGCUGAAGUUGAUGUGAUUGUUUUAUUUGAUGAACUGAUAAAGCAGAACAUAACAGAGAAGACUUGGGUGGCCAGUGAGGCUUGGGCAGCGUCUGCCAUGUUUUUACCAGAGAAAUAUUGGAAUCUCCUCUUGGGAACUGUAGGCUUUGCGUUAAAUAGUGACUUUAGCCCAGGGUUCCAUGAACUUAUUGACCAGAUUGGAGUCCCCAGACGAUCACAAGAAACAUGGGACCUAUUGUUUUCCGAGGACAAUUUGAAAAAUGCAUAUCUAGAUUUCAAUAAACUCCCAUCUCAAGUAGAGCAGAUGGCAAAUAACAGUGCAGGGGAAGAUGGAGAUGAACAUUUCAGAGUUAAUUUAAAUAGUGUAUCCAGCCUAAGACAUAUAUAUGCGCUCUACUGUGCCGUGCAUGUGAUAGCUCAGAGCUUGCAUGACCUUGCCAUGUGCAAGGCAGGGAAUGGACCCUUUGUCAACAGAAGUUGCUCAAAUAUAUGGAGUUUCAAACCAUGGCAGAUUUUACACUAUAUGAAGAAGGUGCGGGUGAAGCUAAGCAGUGAAAUUGCUAUUUCCUUUGAUGACAAUGGGGAUCCUCCUCCUGUUUAUGAUAUUGUCAACUGGCAACUAAGUCCUGAGGGCACAAUGAUACAGGUCAAGGUGGGAAGAUAUCAUAGCACAGCUGCCAAUAAACAAGUUCUGAUUAUCAACAUGAGUGAACUACAAUGGUCUUCUGAUAAUCAAGUGGUCCCGGUUUCUGUCUGUAAUGCAAAUUGUUUGCCGGGUUUCAGAAAAGCUGCCAAAAAAGGAGAACCAAGUUGCUGUUAUCAGUGUGUCACCUGUUCCCAAGGAGAAAUCUCCAGUCAGAAGGACUCGGGUGAGUGCUUGAAAUGCCCGUGGAAUCAAUGGCCAAGUCAAGAUAAAGACAGAUGUUUGCCAAAAAUUACUGAAUAUCUAAAAUACGAAGAGCCAUUGGGUAUCACAUUAACAACCACCACUGUCAGCUCAUCCUUUGUACCUUUAGCUAUUUUAGGGCUUCUUAUUUCUUACAAAGCCACUCCUGUAGUACGAGCCAACAAUUAUACCAUCAGUUGUCUUCUCCUGAUCUGCCUUUCUCUUUCCUUCUUGUGCUCUUUGGCCUUUAUUGGCUAUCCUCAACAUGAGAAGUGUCUUUUACGACAGGUUGCCUUUGGUAUGAUAUCUGCUCUUUGUUUAUCAUGCAUAUUGGCCAAGACAAUCAUUGUUGCAAUUGCAUUCAGGGCUACUAGACCAAACAGUGAUUUAAAAAGAUGGGCUGGUCCUUAUGUCUCCUGUAAAGUCAUUAGCUUAGGAACGUUCUUCCAGUUCCUGAUCUGUCUCACUUGGCUUGCACUUUUCCCACCUUUCUCUGAAUAUAAUGAAAAGGUAAAACCUGGAGUCCUCAUUCUUGAAUGUAAUGAGGGCUCAGCCAUCGGCUUUUGGGGUACUUUAGGGUAUCUCGGUGUCUUGGCUGUGAUCAGUUGUGUUGUUGCUUUCUUGUCUCAACAUCUCCCUGACAGCUUUAAUGAGGCCAAGCUCAUUACCUUCAGCAUGAUAGCCUUUCUCAGUGUCUGGUUGUCUUUCAUCCCAGCUCAUAUCUCCACCAACAGCAAGUACACUGUGGCCAUGGAGAUUUUUGCCAUCUUGUCCUCCAGUUGGGCCAUGCUCUGUUGCAUGUUUGUGCCAAAGUGUUAUAUAAUUCUAUUCCGCCCCACAGAAAACACCAAAAAACAUCUUAUGAGGAAGUUCAGAAAAAGAGCCAAUUAUAUUAUGCAUGUCUGA